AUGCUUGAAGUUACGGACGACUCGGUUGAUGCAGGUCGUUAUACUGUUAAUGCAAAAUCUAUAGAUUUUGGACCGUGGCAUAUAUCUUACAAUACAAGCUGUAUUUUACCAAGUGUAUGUUCAACCAAAGUCGUUUGCGAGCGAGAUGACGAUCAGUUCUGUCAAUUUUGUAUAUACUGUAAACAGUUAAGCAUUCCACACUUUCCAGAUAUGGUAUUUCCUAAGAAUAUUCUGUCUUUGUCACAUAAGCAUGGAAGCAGGAUACAUUUUGAGCCACUGGAUGCUUUACGUAGAGUUUCCUGUCGUACUGAGGCUAUUGAAGUGGCUUGUGCAGAGGCCUGGCAAGAGGCUAGACCUGAUGCAGAGAAAGCUAAGAAAACUUUCGAUUGGACUUUUUCGACGGAUUAUAAAGGAUCUUUGUCGGAUGAUAUCAUCAUUGAACCUACUGAUGAAAUGAUCAACAUAGAGCUUCUGAAACGGAGGGAUCAGAUACUGUUCUAUCAUGAUCUCACCUUAUUUGAGGAUGAACUUCAUGAUCAUGGUAUAUCAAAGCUGUCCGUUAAAAUCAGAGUGAUGCCGACUUGCUGGUAUGUCCUUCUAAGACAUUUCCUCCGAGUGGAUGAAGUGUUGGUCCGAGCUCAUGAAACUAGGAUGUUUCAUGUCUUACAUACAAAUUACGUCCUGAGAGAAUACACCCUCAGGGAGGCGAGAUCUCAGGAGAUACAAUUGAAUGUUUAUCAAAUGAAGGAAGCAGAUGAUGUUGUACCAUACCUGCCAAUGAAAACUAGGAUUAUGGAGAAAUUAGUUGUUAAUAUGAAAUACUGUAAACAGUUAAGCAUUCCACACUUUCCAAAUAUGGUAUUUCCUGAGAAUAUUCUGUCUUUGUCACAUAAGCAUGGAAGCAGGAUAUAUUUUGAGCCACUGGAUGCUUUACGUAGAGUUUCCUGUCGUACUGAGGCUAUUGAAGUGGCUUGCGCAGAGGCCUGGCAAGAGGCUAGACCUGAUGCAGAGAAAGCUAAGAAAACUUUCGAUUGGACAUUUUCGACGGAUUACAAAGGAACUUUGUCGGAUGAUAUUAUCAUUGAACCAACCGAGGAGAUGAUCAACAUAGAGCUUCUGAAACGGAGGGAUCAGAUACUGUUCUAUCAUGAUCUCACCUUAUUUGAGGAUGAACUUCACGAUCAUGGUAUAUCAAAGCUGUCCGUUAAAAUCAGAGUGAUGCCGACUUGCUGGUAUGUCCUUCUAAGACAUUUCCUCCGAGUGGAUGAAUUGUUGGUCCGAGCUCAUGAAACUAGAAUGUUUCAUGUGUUUCAUACAGAUUACGUCCUGAGAGAAUACACCCUCAGGGAAGCGAGAUCUCAGGAAAUACAAGUAUAUAUAUUACUAGUCGGAGAAACGCAAAAUGUAAUCAAACUUCAAUUCGAACAUAAAUUAAUUGCCCAAAAUGGCCUUGUAUGGCCACCAAUGGUGAAAGUGGCUGUAGGGAACGAAGCUUUGAUAAAGCUCAAGACUAGUUUCGAGGGGCCAUCAUCAUGUGUUGUUAGAAGCCCUAGAGGUCAAGAGUUUGAUGUAUUCAAUACUCCUUCUAGUAAAAAGUACGAGAGGUGGUCUGACGGCUGUGGUGUUAGAAUCAAAGACGUCAGGUCUGAAGAUUUAGGGAGAUGGCGCCUCACUUCCACCAGAGGGAACAACACCAUAACAGGAUGGAGUGAACUGCAUGUACUUGAAGACACUACUCGUUACGAUGCUCCUCCAAUAUCACUACAGGAUGGUGCUCAGGCUAAAGUCGAGUUGUCAUCAUUGGACAACUCCUACUGUGUAGUCGCUAAGCCGUUUUCGGAAAGUUCAUUGGUACCUGGAAAGUGUAGUGUCACUUUGGAUCGAACAACUAGAGCGGUGCAGGGCAAUUGGCAGGUAUACCUGGGAUUGCCAGGAAAAGUGUCUGAGUUGCAAACAGACCGACGUGUCACAGUACAUACCGAACGUCUUGACGUGGGAUAUGUGCAUGCGAACAAAAAGUUACAUUUGUACUGCAACAUACUGAAUAGCAAUAAGGAAAUAACCUUCUGCAGAUUCCAGAAAGCGUCCGAUAUGUACGGAUUUAAUGUUGUAGACGGUUUGAGCGAUGGAAGUCAUAGCUACUAUGGCGAUGGAUUCGCUCUGAAACAGUGUGGGAUGACAAUUGAAAGUCCAAAAAGACAGGACUAUGGUUCAUGGAGGUGCUCUGUUGGGGUCCAGAUGUUGGUUGGUACAGUAAUGCAGCCACAGAGGCCGAUGCAAGCACUAAUAAGCGUUCCAGUUCCAAAUACUUUGAACUUGGUCGAAAAUGCUGACGAUAAUGAAUUGAAGUCUGUGUUUGUGACUGUCGACUCUCCUUUCACAAUUUCUUGUCACGCGGAUGUAUCACUGAACUAUUGCUGGUUCCAGCAUCCCAAUGGGACUCAGUUUACUCCUGUGGCGUCUGAGGAUGCUGAUCAGUUGUUUUGGUAUACAGGCCAGGGUUUGGAUUUAGGAGACUGUGGUGUAACUUUUGCUCACGCUAAUUCCUCGGAUUCUGGUAUUUGGAAAUGCUAUAUGGGACCACGUGGAACUGCUGGCAUUGAAAUGACUGACAAAGUUCAAGUCAGAGUAACUGGACCUUUAGCUGCCAAUAAACAGAGUGUUUCUGUCUCUAUUGGAGAUAGCGCCACAUUAUACUGUCAUUCAGCUAAUGGCAGAAAAGCUUUGAACUACUGUAGAUUCCUAUCGCCGAAAUUUCUAGGGCUAAGUGUUGACGAGACUAUAACAAAGGACAAAGCUAUCCUGGAUCGGUUUUACUUCACACCAAAUAGAAGCAUCGAUGUGGGAGACUGUUCCUUAAAUAUAAUAUCAGUCCAAGAGGAAGAUAUUGGUGAAUGGACUUGCGCUGCAGUUAUUGUUGGGGAGGUUGUUGAAUCUAGAGAUACUAUAAUCUUGUACAUUGGAGAGCAAUCAUAUCCUUUAUACCACGCUGGUAUAAUUGGAAUGGCGGUUGGUGUUACCGUUCUGGUAUUCGUGUUUAUUGGUUUUAUGGGUUAUAAGCGGGGCUGGUAUCAAUUUAUUGGUAUUCGACCUCGUCAAGGAAACGCCAUGUCUGAAGCCCAAGUAACUUUUAGCAAUCGCAGUCGCUCGUUAACAUCAACAACUUUAAGCAGUUGCAGUUCUGAGGAUAGCGCAGUUCAAAGGCCGUAA